AUGUCGUCCCCAGAAGCUGUUCAACCUCUUUUCACCCGCUCACCUCUAAUCUUCCCUCCUCACACUCAAACCCGGCAUCAGAAUCAGGAUCAAGCUCGGUUCGUCACUUCACCUAUAUCCACUUCCCCUCCUCCGGCCUCGGACUUACCCACGAAAUCUCGCGGUGGUUAUCCAUCAUCUACAUUCACUUCCACCCAAUCUUCGCCAGUAUUCGAAACUCUCUCUUUCGAAAAGAUAAAAAUCCCCUCUUCCACCACAGCUUCGACUGACUCUGAGGCAUUCUCAUCCGACUACGCUUCCAAUUCCAAUAUCCAAUCUCCCUCGUUGAUCAGUUGUCUAUUCCAAUCUACGUCGAUCGUAGCGGUUAACACCAACAAUCAUAGUCGCAAGUACUCCAAUUCAACCACUACUUCACCAUAUCCUAGUCGACCACCUUCCCGGAAUGGCUCUUUAACAAAAGGAAUUGGCUCGAAACCAAUUUUAAGGAGAGAUACGAUGAUGUCUCAUUCUACUUCUGCCAGUGAGGAUGGUUUCGGAUUGGGUAUACGACAGUUGCCACUGGAUCGAUCUCGACCUGCUACUAUCGACGGACAGGCUCCUACAGCCACAGCAGCACCGGCACCAGCACUGAAGAAAAGACCAUCAUGUUUGACUUUCGCUGUGUCCUCACCUACACCCAGAUCUAGUGGUAAUGCCAAAGCUGGACCGAGUCGAUCUACUUCCGUAUCGCCCACUUCAUCAUAUACCAAUGGUAAAAUGGCGAGAAGUCCCUGUAUCAAACCCAACUGGAGCAAAGUCAGGGGCCAGGUAGAACGUGAGAUCCAAGAAGAUGAGGAAGAGGAAGAUGAAGAUGAAGAAGAUGAUGAUGGUGAUGAUGUUAUGGUGGAUUCUCCUUUGCCUAUUCCAGGACAUGGGGAGAGUGAUGAAGAGGAUCAAGGAUAUGUCGAAGAUGAGGAAGAUGGAUUUACAACUGAUGAAGAUGAUGAGGCAGUGAAUCAACGUGAAGAUAGAGUAUUUGGGAAUUGGAAUACAGUUGAAUGGAAUAAAGAAUAUCUCAUUACCACACCUAAAAGAAGGAAUACCGACUUUGCCGAUAUGGUACCUGCUCAUCCAAUGACUUCGACAGAUGAUAACGAUGUUCCUCAACAAGGAAAUAUGGUUAGUCCAAGAGGAAGGAAAACUUCUAUCUGUAUAAAUACAAAUACGAAACCGUCUUCGAACAGAUGUACGAGACAUCGAUCACCCCCACCUCCCACACGAUCAUCUUCGGCGUCAUACUUCUCUGCUCCUCCCGCAGCACGAUCCCCAUCAGCAGCUGAUCUAUGUAGAAGAAGAGGUUCAGGCUCGGUCGAACAUACUCAAAGUCAAACUUUGACAAGUUCCAAGAAAGGUUGGAAAUCGGAUGAUUCGGCGUUCUUUUCGAAUAGACCACAAAUAGUGAAAACAAAUUCAUUUAAACUACCUUCCGCCUCUGGUUCUGCCGCUGGAUCUACCGGGUAUGCAAGGAAAUCAUCACUACCUACACCCAAAUUAGAAGAUAAGUAUUAUCGAUCUAGUACUCGAUCAAUAUUGAAACGUUCCGAGACGGAAGCCAAAGUGAAAGUCAAGGCGGAAUCACAACCUAUGAUUAGAUCUUCGGGUGAGAACAAGAUGAAGAUUCCACCGAAAACACCUCCUUUGACGAAUGAUAAUAACAUUAUGGUCGUGCCGAAUAUAAAUGAUAUCGGUUCAGUAAAUCUCUUGAGAAGGGGUUCAGCACCUGUCACUACCCUCAAGAAGGAUACCGAACACUUGGGUGUGGGGAUUAGACCGAAUUGUCUGGCUAGGAGUGCAACGGGUUAUGAGCGUGAGGAGGAUAUGGAUGGGUAUAUUCAUCAGCAGCAGCAGAAAGGAAUCAGGAUACUUUAG